AUGAUAGUUGCAACUAGUUGUGAAUAAUCAAAUGAUUCUCCAUAUAAAUAUUAGCUUAGAGUAUUUUUGAGAGAAUCAGAUUUAACAGAUUAUUUUAAGGGAUCAUCAGAUAAUUCUUUAAUUCUUUAUUCAUUUCAGUAUUAAACUCAAUUUUCAAUUUAAAUUCCUACUUCUGUCGAUUCUUCAAAAAUUGGACUUUUAUUAUAAGCUCUUGACAGUGGAGAAUCAAUCACUAAUAUUUAUGAAAUGAUAACUUCAAAACCUGCUGUCAUAAAUUGCUCUUAAAUAUAAUUUUAAAAUUUGAAUUUAUAAAACAAGAUAUCAUUGUUAUUUGAAGCAAUGAAUUAAAAAUGUAAUGAGUUACAUUAUUAAAUUUAUCUUGAUUUGCUUUACUCUUAAAUUUUACCAGAUUAAAAUGAUAAUACGCUUAAAUUUUAGGCUAUAAAAUUAUAUAAGUAGUUUUUACUUUAAUAUGGAUAAAGUAAACCUUAAAAUAGAUUAUUAAUUGAAUCCAAUUAAACAAAAUGUUAUGAUUUAAAUUCUAGCAAUUUAUUUAUUACAUAAAUUUCCAAUGUGACUUAAGUUAAUCAAACACAAAAGAUUGAGGAACUCAAGAAUAAUAUAUAGAAAGUAGAUUCAAAUCUGAAAUAUCUUAGUAGAAUAAAGCAACAAUGUUAAGAAUAACUUCUAGAAAAUAAUAAUAUGUGGAAUUAAGAACUUUUUGAGUAACUGUAAAAUUCAUAAUUAUGUUUAAUAAAUCUNUAGAAUGCAUAAGGACUUAACAUUAAAUAAUUCUUGCUUAAACUAAUAAAAAUAAAUGAUUAAUGUAAAUGUAACUGAUUCAGUUUAAUAUAUCAAGAAGAAUACAAUUUCUGUCUUUACUGUAUAGGAAUGGUCAGUCACAGUAACCAAAUUCUAAUAAACUUAAAAAUUUAAUUAAAUUAUUGUAUAUCUUGAGGAUGAUUUCCCUGUUUUAGAUUUAGAAUUCAAUUAGGGUUAUUUAAUGAGAAAAGUAAAUAAUUAUGAAUAACUUAAUUUUACAUUCCUAAUCCCAUUUAAUUAAAAACCUUUUUUAUUAGAUUUAUCAAUAGCAAUCAUCUAUAACUAUGAAAUAAUAGAAAUACUUUAACCAAAAUACAUUUCUCAUUAAUUUAAAUUAUUUAAUAGUAUUAAAGAGUUAAACUUUUGUGAUAGCAUUAGUCUUAAACUUACAGAAUAAUAUACAAACAAUAUAAUGCCUAGUCUAAAUAGCUUAAAACUUAAGAUAAAUUAACCUCCCUUCUGUUCAAAAUUAAGUAUUACGCGUUCAAAUGAUGUAGCACUUACAAAUAUGAUAGUUGCAACUAGUUGUGAAUAAUCAAAUGAUUCUCCAUAUAAAUAUUAGCUUAGAGUAUUUUUGAGAGAAUCAGAUUUAACAGAUUAUUUUAAGGGAUCAUCAGAUAAUUCUUUAAUUCUUUAUUCAUUUCAGUAUUAAACUCAAUUUUCAAUUUAAAUUCCUACUUCUGUCGAUUCUUCAAAAAUUGGACUUUUAUUAUAAGCUCUUGACAGUGGAGAAUCAAUCACUAAUAUUUAUGAAAUGAUAACUUCAAAACCUGCUGUCAUAAAUUGCUCUUAAAUAUAAUUUUAAAAUUUGAAUUUAUAAAACAAGAUAUCAUUGUUAUUUGAAGCAAUGAAUUAAAAAUGUAAUGAGUUACAUUAUUAAAUUUAUCUUGAUUUGCUUUACUCUUAAAUUUUACCAGAUUAAAAUGAUAAUACGCUUAAAUUUUAGGCUAUAAAAUUAUAUAAGUAGUUUUUACUUUAAUAUGGAUAAAGUAAACCUUAAAAUAGAUUAUUAAUUGAAUCCAAUUAAACAAAAUGUUAUGAUUUAAAUUCUAGCAAUUUAUUUAUUACAUAAAUUUCCAAUGUGACUUAAGUUAAUCAAACACAAAAGAUUGAGGAACUCAAGAAUAAUAUAUAGAAAGUAGAUUCAAAUCUGAAAUAUCUUAGUAGAAUAAAGCAACAAUGUUAAGAAUAACUUCUAGAAAAUAAUAAUAUGUGGAAUUAAGAACUUUUUGAGUAACUGUAAAAUUCAUAAUUAUGUUUAAUAAAUCUAAUACACUAUGUUGAUGAAAUUUAUUUCAAUUUUAUAGGAGUAAAUACAAAAAAUGACACAAUUUAUACUAAUAUUGCUGAAUUGUUGAAUUUCACAAAUUUGAUUACAGAAGAAAUAUAAAAUAUAAUUAUGGUUAAUGAAAACCCAUUAAUUCUUUAGGGUAAAGAGAUUAUCUGGCAAAUUAAAAAAAGAACUAAAUAAAUAUUUAAUUAAUAAUUUACUAUUGAACCAACUGAUGUAGAUUAUCUUAUAGAUUUUAUCCAAUAUCAAUCCACUUAUCUUAAAACAAAUCCACUUAGAUUUAUUUCAAAUCUAGAAGAUAGAAUCUAAUAAUAAUUUAAUGACAAAACAAUAAAGGUUUUCCCAGAAAAUUAUUACUAAAUUUAAUUAAAAAAUGUAUACAGAAGUAGAUAUAUUUCAUCUGAAGAUUUCAUAUCCACUUACAGUUUGAAGUUUGGGUCAUAUUCUAUUUGUUCAAAUGACACAACAACUAUAUAGAAAUAUUAAUUAUAAUGUAUGAUGAUAACAUCAUCUGGUAAAUUUUAUUAAUGUUACUUACAAACUGUAUAAAUUAAUGAUAUUGUUGAAUUGACCUGUGAAUGUAAUAAGUUUGGUGAUAUUUUUUUAAUAACUUCCUAUAACAUUACUUCUUUAGUUGAAAACUCUACUAACUAACAAAUAAUUAAUGAUGAUAUUGAUUCAACAUUUUAAGAUAAUUUGAUUUUGAUGAUUUGUACAUGUUCCUUGACAUUUAUUUUUUUGACCAUAUAUAUUACCUAUUUUAUUAGAGAUUAAACAGAAGAAGAAAAAUUAGAUAGCGAUCCAAGUAGUUAAAAUUAGGAUAAAAGUUCUUUAACGUAUUAAGGGAAUUCAAAGGUUUUCAAAUUAUAAUUUAAAGUAAUAUUGAAUAUUAUUAUUAGUUAAUCCACUAAAGCAUAUCUAUAUUUUAUUAUAAAGACAAAAACAUUCAACUUAGUUUUCGGAUUUUAGAAGUGUUUUCUUAAUUCAAUGUAUAAUUAAGUUUAACAAUUCUUGAAUGUUUUUUGUUAAACAAUUAAAUUCUUUUUAUUUGUUUAUUUAUAUUUGCAAAUCCUUUUAUCACUUUAAUUUUGAGAAUAUUAUACAAGAUAAUUGAAGCAAUAUAUAGAUUCAAAAGAAUUGCUAGUUUUAUUAGUUAGUUUCUUCUUAUUAUCUUAUUGAUAGCACCAAAUCUUAUAUUGUUUAUUUUGUACAUAUUCAAGUAUUUUAGUAUCUUAUUUUAGAAUUUAAAUGUAAUCCGAAUAAUAUUUAAUUAUUAUAAUCCUUGGAGGGAAUAUACUUAUAUCAUAAGCACUUUUAGAACCAAUCACAAUAUAUAUCAGAAUAUUAUUAUAUAGAUUAAUAGCCCCCAGUAUUAAAAAUAUGGAACUUAACCCUGUAUUUCAUUUGAUACAUUUUUUCGUAAUGCAUAGCAGUUUAGAAGAUAUAUUUGAUGAGUUCACGAGAAUAUGA